AUGGCCCCGCCGCCCGCGCCGGCCUGGCUGCUGCUGCUCGGCCUGCUCAGCGCCCACGGCCGCGACUUCACCCGCAAGGACAUCGUCUACCUCCACCCCUCCACCACGCCGUAUCCUUGGGGAUUUAAGUGUUUCACCUGCGAAAGGGCCGCGGAUAAUUACGAGUGCAACCGCUGGGCUCCGGAUGUCUACUGUCCCAGAGGUACAAGGUACUGCUUUAGCCAACAUAUGAUGAAAGCCACUGGGGAGAGUGUGUCUGUCACCAAACGCUGUGUGCCACUGGAGGACUGUCUGUCCACAGGAUGCACGUAUAUAAAGCAUGAAGAGUACAAGGUGUGCACGUCCUGCUGCGAGGGCAGCAUCUGCAACCUGCCCCUGCCCAAGAACUCCACAGACGCCGUGUUCACCACCCUGUCCCCCCUCAACAAGGCCCAGAGACUGUCCCCUCCUGUCCUGCUGACCACAGUGUGCCUCUGGCUGGGGCUGCUGGCCCAGCACUGGGUGACAAUGGCACAGCUCUGGGUGACAAUGCCACACGUGGCCCGGCCGGGCAGCUGAGCCGGGCGGGAACAUCUCAUGGACAUCCAACCUCUCCCUGCAGAGCUGGAGCUUUGGAGUUGGCUCUGAAAGGCUGGUUUUCCUCCUGGUUUCUUGGUCAUCAUGAACUCCUAAGCCUGGGAUCGGGAUGGGUUCAAAACCUUCACGUUCCUACUGUUUUUUUUGAAGAAACUCAUGGAAAAUAUUCCCAGAAUCCAGUGUGCUCUUCACAGCAUCACUUAGGUUGAGAAAGACCUCUAAGACACCAAGUCCAGCCUAACAUUUGUUGAUGUCUGUGUUAUCUCUGUGAAGAAAUGUUCUUUCCAAGUACUACACCCCUGCUCACGUCACCACUUACUCACUGGACACGGCCCUUUGUCACCUCCCCCUGCACUAAUUCCGGUGUCUCCUUAACCUGCUUGAGAACCCACAGUAAAUAACACACAGUCAGUGUCCCCCACACUUCCUGAUCCUCUUGGAGAGGGCAGGAAUUCGCAGCAAGGAAGCAGCAACCUGGAAGGGAUGAGCUCAAGGGACCAGCAGGAGCUUGGAGCAACCAGUGGUGCCCAGAGGUGCUUCUCCCGAGGGGUCCAACGGCACAAAGACCCACCCCCAGGGCCCCCCACACAGAAAAUCCCUGGAGUUUAUAAACUGAACCAGCAAAACUCAAAACAAUCCUUGUUCUGGUGUGAUUAGAGGUGUGUGAUCCCCAACCCUCAGGUGUGAGGAGGAUGGAGAACUGGUGGAUCCCCACACUGAGGGGCUGGUGGUCACCAACCACCAUCUCCACGCUGUUUUAGGACAAUAUUUUCCUGUUUUGGCACCCAGCCCUAGAGUAUGAGAGAGAAAACUGAUCCUGAAUAGCUCUGUUAUUUUAUUUAAUGAAGUCUGGGCUACCCCAGCUGUGUUUUGGUGCCCUGUGUUGCUUGUUUUGCUUGGAAAUCUCGGAUGCAAUAUUUAUUUUUCUAUGUUGAGUAAGGUCUGAAGUGUUUAAAAGAUUCUUAAUGCUGAUAUUGCCAGGAAAAAAAAUGGGUGUUUUGCAAGUCAGUGAGCCUGUAAUAUAUAAAUUAUCAGAAAUAUAUAUAUAAAUAUAUAAAGAAUCAACUUUGUUUGCAAAGUCAGUAAUAAAAGCAGGGUGUCAUGGACUUGCUUAAAGUUAAAUCAAACUGUUUUAUAAUUAAUUUUUUUACACCAUUACAGUCAUAAAUUGUCUUUUUAUGAGCUAAUCUUUUGCUGCUCAGGCUCCAAGGUAACUUGAGCUCAAGUUCCAGCAUGUUUUUGCCCUGAAGUGCUUUUUCUGGGGGAGUUACAGUGAAAUGCAGAUGAAGGAAGGCAAAGUUGGAAUCCAAAGGCUGUGUCAAGGGAUCCUGGAGAGUCCCAAAAAGUAGAAUCUAUGUGUGGGAUACCUUGAAUAAAUGAGGAAUCUGAAGAUCUGGGCAUGCAAGGGGUUGUCCUGGGUUUUGUGGCCUUGGGACUUGUGCUCCUGGGAGGUUUCUUGGAAGCAGAGGAGGAGGAUCAGGAGCAGCACUUGCUUCCCACUGACCUUCGGGUGAUUUCUCUGGGUAAGGAAAGGCUGGAAACCUCAGUGUGUU